AUGGAAAGUCUGACACCAGAUUUGAAAAGGAAACUGAAAAGCAUACGCAGUCAUCUGGAUAGCCGCUGUGACAAGGAAGCUAAGGAAUUAAUAGAAAAACGACUGCCAGAACUCCUAAAGGAAGGUGUGAAAGAUUAUUUUUUGUACGUUUUCGCCGCGGUGGUGUACAGUAGAGAAAAUGAUCCAGUAAAAGCCUUUGAAUUUUACAAAAAGGCCGUAAGUGUCGAAAGCAACCACGCAAGUGCUUGGCAAGGGAUUUUUAAACUUUAUGAAAAUGGUGACCUACGUUUUGACGACUUUGCAGUUACGGCUCUGGACAAAUUAAUUGCUCUGAGUUCUGAGGAAAAACGUGUGCCGUUACAGAAGAAACGUGCCGAUGUUUUACUCGGUCUGCAAAAAUAUGAUGUUAUUCUUGCUGAUGAUCAGCUAAUGAAUGAUGAAGAAUUCUGUUAUUGCGCCAUUUGUUCUAUUGUGAACAGUGAAAAGAAGUAUUCUGAUGUGGAACGGGCUUUGUGCGACAGGUGUUUUAAAAGGUUGGAAUCUUCUCACGACUCUGAAAUUUUGGACUUGAAAGUGGCGCAGUACAAGUGUGCAACUGCGGAGGAGUUUUUAGGUGGAAAUGUGGUUCCAGAAUUAAAAAGUUAUAGUCAGAUCAAUGUAGCGACUAUGACUUUUUCUAUGGGAGAUGUUUCCAUAGAGUUGAACAUUGCUGAGAUUUGUUCGGAGGUGCUCAAGUAUGUCAACCACUGCAGUUCUUCUUCCUGGGACUCCUGGGCGAUGCAUCAGAUGCGCUUCGUUUUAGGCGUAAAGCCUUUGUUGAUGCUAAUGAUACCGGCUCUUUUGCAUCAUGAACAUUACGAAAGAGUAUUACAACUGUUAGACAAGCCUUUGCCGGUUAUGUUUGAUGCUUUGGAAACAGAGUUAAAACGUGCAAUUGCUGCGGCUCGAGUAGAAGCACUUUACAGCAUUGGUGGUGAAAAAUUAAUGGAUGAGGCGAAGAUGUUAUGUUGUGACCAAAGUACUAGCAAGAGCAAAUUAGAAGAGGCAUUUGAAACGGAACCAUUGGUUAGAGAUGGUGAUAAGGCAUACUGGAAAGCCGUUUUUGCAAAAGAACAUAAUAAUUUAGAAGAGGCAAAAGUUCAGGCCGAAGAUGCUUUGGCAAAUGAACCGGACUCCUGUGAGAAAAUGCUGCUUCUAGCUGAGAUUCUGCUGGCCAUGGAAAGUAGUGAUCGGAGGGCUACAUCACUGUUAGUUAAGGCAGCUAAAAUAAAUCCUUGCAAAAGCAGAGUAUUUCUCCGUUUAGGAGAAAGUUUGUUGACAAUCAAUCGCCAAAAAGCGUUGCAGUGCGUUGAACGUGCUCGCAAGAUACGUCCGCAAUCAUUAGAGUUGCUUACACAUGUGGGGAAACUUUAUGAUCGUCUUUUGGAAUUGGAAGGUAGGAAGGACGAGCAAUUGGAGCAUAUACGCCUAUUUUUAGAAGCCAAUCCUACUUCUGACUGGGCACUUAGACGUAGUGCUCUUUUGAAAAUGGAUUUGGAUAAGAUUGACGAAGCUGUAGAGGAUUUACAAAAAAUAAUGAGGAGAGAACCUGAAGAUAAAGUUAUAUGGAAUGCACUGGCAGAGGCGUACCGAAGGCGAGGGAAUUUGCAGAGCUCUAUCAAAGCUUACGAAAGGCUUCUUGAUUUGGAUCCCAAAAGCUUCAGCGCACAUAUCAAUCUGAUUCAAAUUUAUCACGCUACUGGACAGUUACAAGAAGCUGUUGAUCGUUGCAAGUCUAUUUAUGAAGUUUUUUCGGAUGGUCCUUCAGGACGGCUUUAUUUGAAUUGUAUUUCGCUUCUUCAUGCAAAUUCUUUAUUGAAGCUGGCGCAACAAUCUACUCGUUCCCAACAGUUUGCAUUACUGAAUCAGCUUUUUGUUAUUAUUGAAGACGUUAUAUGUAAAAAUGAAACCUUAGCAAUGUCGUAUAAAAUUGCUGCUGAUGGUCUUAUGCUAUCGUGGCAAUUUCAUGUCAGAACCUUCAAAAACUUUUCAUUUCCCUCUUCGUGGGCUGUUUUGACGAGGACAGAUGCGUUGACUCUGGCAUCUCGAUUUUACUGUGUUCUUGUUAAGAUGUGCCCUAAGUGUGGUGCAUACUGGAAUGAUUUGGGACUGGCAUUAACAAUGAAAUCUAAAAUAACAAAGGAAUCGUCUUUAGCUAUAAAAGCGAGGAUUUGUAUUAAACGUGCAAUUAUGCUUUGUAAAUACGCACACGUUCGCUCUACUUACUGGACGAAUUUGUCACAUGCCGUCGAUCUUUUGGGGAACAAGCUUCACGUACAACACUGUCUUGUUAGGGCAUUACAGUUAAAUAGGAAAAAUGAUAAAGCCUGGUGUUUACUUGGGCUAUUUUAUUUGCGCAAUGACGAGCGUUCUCUGGCAAGGCAGGCACUCGAUAUGGCGCAAAAAUGUAAUCCAGAGUUAGCUGAAACAUGGUGUGCUUUGGCAAUACUUGCUGAGGCUGAAAAACACUAUGAUACGAUGGAUCUUUUCCGUCAUUCCUUAACAUUGAAACCUACAGAGUUAGCUUUAAAGAAGUACUCGUACUAUGUACAGCAGAAAUAUCGACAAAGAAAAAGCUGUCCUAGUGCUACAAUGUUUGGAUUUGAAACUUUGCACGAGCAGUAUGGUGUUUCGUCCAGAAGCGAUGAAUUAAAAUUUUAUCUUGCACUGCUUGCCGAACACUUUUGGUGUUUAAAAGAGGCAAAACAUUACAUUGAAAAAUGCGAUACUUUUCCAUUCAAAAAUAUAAGUAGAAUUCCCAGCGAACAUGAGAUUCGUAAAUUGUGUCCUUCGUACGAGAAGCUGUUUCAAGCAAUAGAUGAUGGAGACACUGCUACUUUUCAAAAAUGUUUUUUCGAUGAAGAAGUCCAUUUAUCAAUUCCAGUAUUAGUUGCUGCAGCAAUAAUUUUUGAGAAGAGUUUAUCUGAAGAAAUGUUAAAAGCUCUCGACAAUGUUCGUCCUCGUCAUCAAUUAGUAGAAGUAUUCCCUCCUGAAAGAAUAAUUGAUCCGAAUGACGAAUUCUCUUAUGAUAUAAAAGAUCAGGGGGAGAAACUCCUAGUGCGUCAUGAUAAUUUAUCGAAGCAUCUUUACGAGUUACUUGCUCAAAGAAAAGAAGCAUUUAAAAUGCAGUUUCAAGAAAAAAAUGUGGUAAAAGAUCCGUAUGCAGAAGAGGAUUUCGUGAUGAGCGAAGAUUGA